GAACAGAGCAAACAGAAGACAGCAUUUAGUACAACUUUUUUUGUAUAUUUCCUUUUCUCAGUUGGCCUUCACGUGAUCAUACUAACUAUUUCAUAUACAGACAACAAAAAGCUCCCAUCCCCACCAAAUGUACUACCUCUACUACUCUACUACUAUUACUUCUCUUACCAACUAUCGUCUUCUUCCUUGAAAAUAUUCCAAAGCCACCCAUUUGUACCAGACCCAUUUCAGAUUUUGGUCAGUUGAAACUGAAGUUGAGACCUUUUAGUACAAAAUAGCUCAGACAGAAAACUGUAGAAAAGAAAAUGUGUUAUGUAGGGAAAGCAACAAAGAUAUUUAUUUUCAUUGUGACAGUUCUUGUUGUUCUUGGUCUUACUUUGGGAUUUGGGCUUUUACGCCAUGGUCUCAAAAAAGCUCAUCACUGUUCUGGCGAUUCUUGCCAUUCUUCGCCGCCCUUUACUUUCCCUAAUCCAAAUCCUUCUCUUAACCCAUCGCCGUCUAGUCCUAACGCUGUGCCAGCUGGAAAUCCGCCUAGUCCGCCGGAUUCUGGAACUAACCAACCAAGUCCGCCGGAUUCUGGACCUAACCAACCAAGCAAUCCAAGCCCACCGCAAUUUAGUUCUCCUCCUCCGCCUGAUUCUAAUCUCAUUAUUCCUCCGCCGCCCCCAGCGCCAGAACCGAUAUUAUUGUUGUCUCCGCCUCCGCCAGUCGCGCCGGCUAUAACUGGAGCUCCGCCGCCAUCGUAUAAUCCGCCGAGUAGCACGGAGUUGGUGACUCCAGGUCCUGUGCAUGCUUAGCCACUUGGUCAAAGGUUUUAUCUUUUUUUUAUAUAUAUAUUUUGUAUUUUCAAUUGUCAGUUUCCUUUUUUAGGAUAAAAUUUUGAUGGGGUUGUACAGAGGUGGUAUUUUGAUUGUUUCUUAUUUUCAAUUUUUGGUUUUGAAUUGUAAUGGUGGAUUGUGGUCACUAUUCUUGAAAAUUUGUUGAAUUUAAAUUCUUUAUGAUCUUUAUUGAUCUGAUUAUCAAACAAAUGUGUAUGCAUAUUUUUCCCA